GUAAUUUCGUUUAGCAAAAACAUGCCCUGUAGAAUUCUGGUACUACUACUCACAGGUAAACCUAAGGGAGGGAAUCAUACUGAUAAAGUGGUCAUCAUUCUUAAAUUAAAUGGCACGAACGAUAUGCAUAGACCUGAACUUCCAGAUAAUGUUAAACUUACUAGAAAGGUACUAUCGUGUGAUAAAUAUGGUCCAUUUUGGAUAAGUUGGUCUAAGAAAAUGAUAAAAAUGGGAACUGGGUAUAUGGUUGGUACUGAUUCACUAAUGAGAGCAGCCUUUAAAAGGCCAGAUAACAGACGCUUUGAUGUGUAACA